AUGUUUGGAAAAGUGUUAGUUCUGACCUUAUUAUUAGGAUUUGUAACAGCUGACGAGUUUGGAAUAAAAUACAUAAUGAGAGUGUAUGAAGACUGCCAAAAUUCGGACAUCAUCCCUUGCUUGAAGCGAAAAGCUAUUUUGUUCUUUGAUAGAGCUGCAAAAAUGGAUUCCAUACCCUUGAUCGAUGGAGUGGAGGCUGUGAAGCUUUCAAAUGUGGACCUACCUAGUGAAAAUGAAAUUUUACCAAGAAGUUUAGGGAGCAAGGAUGAAGCGUUGUCAGAAAUCCUUUGGAAUAGAAUUGCGGCCUUUGCCAAUUCAAGGUCGAUACAACUGUCAUUGCCGAAGGUCACGGGUGAAGAACUGAAUAAGGGUGUGGAAGAAGGUCGUGGUAAAAUGAAGAAAAUGAUGGGGAUGAUGAUGAUGGGAGCUGCAAUGAAAAUGGCUGCCAUGAUACCUGUCGCAAUCGCCGGUCUCUUCAUAUUGGCGGGAAAAGCGCUCAUUGUGUCAAAGAUCGCCUUACUUCUUGCUGGCAUCCUGGCACUGAAGAAGUUGAUAGCAGCUAAGAACAGUGGUGGAGCCAGUCAAGACAGUCACAGCAGCCACGGCUGGUCUUCGGGAGGAGCAAGCGGAGGGUGGGAUAGACGGUCAUACAAUGAUGCUUCUGAUAUAGUAUAUUCCGCUUAUAAAAAAGACUAAUAUUUUAUCGAUUUUGUUAUAAUUAAGGUUAUUAUGACGAAAAACAGG